AUGAUUAGUCACUGGGAUACCCUUCACCAAGUCAAAAAUAGAUUACUUGAUCAUAUUUCGACAUUAUCCACUUAUCCGGUUUUCGACUCAAAGAGAAUCAGGGAAGAGUUUGAUGCUAGUAUAGUAAAGGUAAAUAAUAUUCUCCGUACUAAAACAUUAAGCAUAGAGGACAAAGAAAUAAUUAGGGAUAUUAACAUCUACACAAAAGUUUUAAGGGAUAUUCUAUCUGAGAGAAUUAGAGUCCAAAGGAAUUCGAUGAAUACUUUGAGAAUUGUGAUUAAAACAGAAACGAAAGAAGAAGAAUUAAAAAAAGAAGAGAAUCUUGAGAGUGAUCCACUGAAAAGCAAAAAUAAAAGACUAAGCAAAAACCAACUUGAAAUAUUGGAAGGGUGGUUCCAGAAAAACAAGAAACAUCCAUAUCUGCAAAAGGAUCAAACUGAUCUCUUAAUGAAAUCUACAAAUCUCUCUAAAUCGCAAGUCCAAAAUUGGUAUGUUUUACAUUUUGCAUUUGAAGUUCGAGAUAAGAAUACUAACACGCUUUUUAGGAUUUCAAAUAGAAGAAGAAAGGAAAAGAACGCUAAGGUGUCUCCGGAACUUGCUCAAUUAUUGUCACAAUGA